AUGUCAAGUGGAGAAACAGUUUUAGUUACAGGUGCCAAUGGAUUUAUUGCCCUUCAUAUUAUUGGAAGAUUAUUAGAAAGAGGUUAUAACGUCAUUGGUACUGUUAGAUCUCAAGAUAAAGCUGAUGAUAUUUAUAAAAAGUUUCAAUCUGAUAGUUCAGACCCUAAAUUAAAGAUUGAAAUCAUUGAAGAUAUCAUCAAACCGGGUGCUUUUGAUUCAUUGUUACAAAAAGAGAAGGACAUCAAGUAUAUUUUACAUACUGCUUCACCUUUCAAAUUUGGUUUCACUGAUGAUUUAGCUGAAGGUUAUAAGAAACCUGCAGUCGACGGUACUUUGAAUGUCUUGAAAGCUAUUCAUAAAUAUGGUGAGAAUGUUGUUACUGUUGUUGUUACAUCCUCGUAUGCAUCAAUUAUGAACCUUGACAAGGGUGAUGAUGCAAGUUUUACACAUACAGAAACUGUUUGGAAUCCUAUUGAAUGGGAUGAUGUUAAAGAUGAAACAUCUGCUUAUAUUGCUUCCAAAAAAUUAGCUGAAAGUGCAGCAUGGAAUUUCGCAAAGGAGAAUAAUGUUAAAUUUAACUUGAACACUGUUUGUCCUCCUUAUGUUUUUGGACCUCAAUUAUUUGAUGAAGAUGCUGCUAAUGAAAAAUUGAAUACAUCUAAUGAAAUUAUUGUCAAUUUGUUGAAAUCAGAUCCAAAUGACACCAAAUUCUUUAAUGGUGUUAGUGGUGCUAGUAUUGAUGUUCGUGAUGUUGCCGAGUUUCAUAUCUUAGCAUUUGAACGUGAAGGUGUUGAAGGCCAUAGAUUACUCCCAAUUGCAGAAAACUUUUCAUCCCAAAAAAUCUUGAAUUUGAUUAAUGAACAAUUUCCUGAAUUAAGAGGUAAAAUUGGUAAAGGUGAUCCAGCUGGUGAAUCAACUAUUCAAGGUGUCACUUGGAACAAUGAUGAGACAAUCAAACUAGUUGGAGGGUAUGAUUUUAUUCCUCUCAAGAAACAGGUUUACGAUUCUGUUAAGCAAGUCUUAGAUGCUAGAAAUUCUUGA